AUGGAAUACAUCCUGAGCGACCAAGAAAUUGAGCGGGAAAUACAGAAAAAUGAGGUCUAUUAUUCGGUCAUAGAGCUGAACGAUGUUCUGUACUUAAAUAACAAGCUCUACCGAAAGAUUGAAACCCUGCGGGGGCUGCACAACUUGCGGACGCUCUACCUGAACAACAAUGUUCUGGAUAGGAUUUCCGGACUGGACUCCUGUGUUAACCUUAUUGCGUUGUACCUGAACUGCAACAAAAUUUCGAAGAUCGAGAAUUUGGGCUGCCUAAGGAAAUUGCGUAUUUUAAAUCUGGAAGACAACAAUAUUUGUACGGUUGAAAAUCUUGAAAAUUUAACCCUUUUGGAGGAUUUAAACCUGAGUAACAACCGUCUGGGGAGUAAAGAUUCUGCACAGCUUUCUAACUUGCGCAAAAAUGAGAAGCUGACAAUUUUGAAUAUACAGAAUAAUAGUAUCGACGAGGACAUUUUAAAGGACCUGUCCGAAGUGAAAGAUUUGUCCAUUCUGUAUUGCAUGAACAAUCCGAUGAUGUCGAAAUACAGAAAUUACAGAAAAUUAUUUGUGUACACGUUGAAGCGCCUUACUUUUCUGGACCACAAGCCGGUGAAGGCGGACGAGCGAAGGUGUGUAGAGGCCUUUUUUGCGGGUGGCCCAGAAGCAGAACAAGCCGAGCUGGAACGCAUAAAAAGGGAGAGGCAAAAAAGACACGAAGAUUCGGUAGAAUACUUCCGGAAGUAUAUCAUGGGGAAAUAG